CAUCUCAGCACCCGCAGGCGAUGCUAUGUCUUAUCAUUCAUCUGCCCAAGGAAGAACUGUUCCUCCUCGAGCACUGAAAUUGAUUCCAGCAAAAUAUUUGGGAGGAUUUCUAAUUUCACAAAAGCACCUGGAGAGGGAUGAAACGUAAAAGAAUAUAUAUCCUUCACCACAGCAAUGAGUGAGUCGGCGUCCUUUCACUCAACAACGCUUGUUUCAUUGGCCCGAUCGCUGUCUGGGUUUGGACUUGAUGCCGCCAAUGGAGGACUUGUCAACCCUCCUGACCUCGUUGAACAUCCACCGCCGGACUCUGGCAUCGAUCUGGGACCUGGACUGUUCUUUGCUGAUGGCAAGAGCAAAGUGGACUAUUUACUUUGCUACAAAUACAAAAAAAGACGGGCAUCGUCCAAGCAUCGUCUCUCCAUUUCAUCCAAUGGGACUGUACCGAUAUCAAUGGAGAGACUGGAAACGGAGACAGAGCCGGGCGAGGCGAGUGCAGCUGCGGGAGAUGCAGAGGAGUCAAAGCUCACUGAGGAGGAAAAGGCUUUAAUGAGGGAGGAGUUUGAAGCGGAAUUGCUGGAGGCUGGACUAGAGAUUGAGCGUGACAGAGAGAAGUCGAGUGGAAUAGGGUUUAUUCGCCUGCACAUCCCAUGGUCAAUACUCAGCCGGGAAGCAGAGCUGCAGAAGAUCAAAGUUGCUGUGAAAAAGAAAUGUGAAUUGCGGAAACGGACCGGCAUUGCUGGAAUGUGGGAUUCUGUUGCCACUAAACUGAACGGACCCUUUCAACCCGACGUCCCUGAGUUUGACAUGCAGGAAGACUCGCAGUCCCGCGUUUAUUUCAAACCCCUCAAACACCCUUUUAUCAGAGACAAGCUCCACCUGUACGACAUCAAGUCAACAACAACUGUAUUUGACAAUGCGACACGGAGUAGAAUAGUUGCUGAGAUUAUUUCACGCACAAAGUGCACAAACACUUGCCAAACCACUGGCAUCAGCUCAUUACUGGCUCGAGGUGUUUAUGACUCUGCCUUCUCUCUGCAUGAUGGGUCCUUCACGAGAAGAGGAGGGAAAGACCAGCGAAAUGACAGACAGCUCCUCCAUGAAGAAUGGGCCAACUACGGAGUCAUGCUCAAAUAUCAGCCAGUCGACCUAAUCAGGAAGUACUUUGGAGAACAAAUUGGGUUGUAUUUUGCCUGGCUGGGUGUUUAUACUCAGCUACUCAUCCCUCCCUCUGUGUUGGGCAUCAUUGUCUUCCUUUAUGGCAUAUUUACAGUAGACGACAAUGUGCCAAGUCAGGAGGCAUGUGAAGACAACCUGAACAUCACAAUGUGCCCACUGUGUGAUGCAGUGUGUGACUACUGGCGUCUAAGUACAGUGUGUUCGCUGGCUCGAGCUUCAUACCUGUUUGACAAUGGAGCUACUGUCCUCUUUGCUAUUUUCAUGUCACUGUGGGCUGCUUGUUUCCUCGAACACUGGAAAAGGCGACAGAUGUGUCUGAAACAUACCUGGGACCUCACAAGUUUGGAGGAUGAGGAGGAGCGAGUCCAGGAUGAGCUGAGGCCUGAAUAUGAAGAAGCUCUUCAGGAGAAAAAAGAUAAGAUGAAAGCUCAGUCUAAAAAGAAGUUGACCCAAGCUCAAGACGGCGUAGAUGGAGAAACAGACCACAUGCUGGCCUCCCAGCAGGACCCAGAGUCACUGGACAUUGAGGAUCACCUGCCAGGUUAUCUCAUCAAUGUGUCCACCUUACUGCUGCUGAUCUUCGUGACCUUCUCAGCAGUGUUUGGAGUGGUGGUUUAUCGUAUCUGCAUGUUAAGCGUGUGGUCCAUGAACCCUGACCCUGAGGCCAAGGCCAGCGUGAGGAUGACAGUCACCACCACAGGCAUCGUCCUCAACAUGAUGGUGGUUCUGGUGUUGGAGGAGGUCUAUGGAGCCAUCGCUGUGUGGCUGACCGAGCUCGAACUCCCUAGAACAGAGGAGGAGUUUGAAGAAAGGUUAAUCUUCAAGUCUUUCUUCCUCAAGUCCAUGAACGCCUUUGCACCUAUUUUCUAUGUUGCCUUCUUCAAGGGCAGAUUUGCUGGGCGGCCUGGUGAUUAUGUCUAUGUGUUUGGAGACUAUCGUAUGGAGGAGUGUGCUCCUCCAGGCUGCCUCAUUGAGCUGUGCAUCCAGCUCAGCAUGAUCAUGCUGGGAAAGCAGCUCAUCCAAAACAACGUGUUUGAGGUUUUAAUACCUAAGCUGAAGAAGAUGUACAGAACCAUACAGGAACAAAAAGGAAAGAAAAGAGCAGGAGAAGAUGAAGACGGUGAAGAAGGAGAGAAGAGACCAAAGCAACAGUACCACAAAGAUUUUGCCCUUGAACCAUUUGAAGGUGUCAGCCCAGAGUUCAUGGAGAUGAUAAUCCAGUACGGGUUUGUGUCUCUGUUCGUGGCUUCCUUCCCGCUGGCGCCUGCAUUUGCUCUACUCAACAAUGUCAUCGAGAUCCGCCUUGAUGCCUCAAAAUUUGUCAGUGAGAUCCGGCGGCCUGAUGCGGUCCGGUGUAAAGACAUAGGGAUUUGGUACAACAUUCUCUGUGGAAUCAGCAAGUUCUCUGUCAUUACCAAUGCAUUCGUCAUCUCCUUCACGUCAGAGUUUGUUCCACGUAUGGUUUACCAGUACAUGUACAGCGUGAAUGGCACCAUGAAUGGCUACACAGAGCACUCACUGUCGUACUUCAACAUCAGCAACUUCACUCCUGGCACAGCACCAACCACCACACUCAUCACAGGCGUGACCAUGUGCAGAUAUAAGGACUAUAGAGAUCCACCAUGGGGACAAGAUGCCUACACAUUCUCCAAACAGUACUGGUCUGUCCUGGCUGCAAGACUGGCCUUUGUAAUAUUCUUUCAGAACCUCGCCAUGUUCCUCAGCAUGUUGGUUGCGUGGCUGAUCCCAGACGUGCCCCGAUCGCUGCGGGAGCAACUGAAAAAGGACAACAUGGCAUUGAUGGAGUUUUUGCUUAAUCAAGACCAGGGAGCAUGUGCCAAACCCCGCUUAACAAAAGCCUCGAUCCCCCGCCUCUCCACAAUAGGCAUCGUGGUUGAGGCUCCACCAGAGGAGGAAGAGGUCCCCCAGGUGGAGGAGGAGGAGGAGGAAGAGGUGAGGGUUGAGAUCAAUCUGGAUGACCCCGGAGGGUUUGAUGAUAGCAAACCAGAUGUUUCAAAGUCAUUUGAAGAAACAGAAGAUGACAGGGAAGAAAAACAAGGAGAUGAAGAUGGAGAAGCAGGAAAAAAAGAGACGGAAAAUGGUGAAGAAGUGAAGGAAGAGGAUGAAAGUGGGGAGAAUGGGAAGAAUGCAGGAGAAGGAAAAGAGGAAGAAGGACAAAGUAAAGAAGAAGACAAAGAACUUGAAGCAAAGCCAGAUGAGGAGAAUGUUACUGUGGAUCUGGACUCCUUCAUGAGCGACCUGGGCCUGUUAGAUGAACAGCCUUCGUCCAGCACGGCGGCGGAUGCUGAGAUGACCCGCUCAGACUCCCAACAGGAUCAGCAGAAGGAAAAGCAGCCUCUGUCACAUCCUUCAUCAACAAGAGGCUCGUCCCAGAGUCUAAAGGCCCCUCGAGCAGACUUUACAACGUUAGACGUUGAAACCCGGGGGUUCUCACUAAUCGCCCCCCCUGUAAGAGAGCCAGGCUCAAAGGCGAAGUCCCGCUGCUCCACCCUGCCGUCCCGCCACACAGGAGCCGAGGCUUGUUACAGUCUGCCCCGGCCCAGCCACUCCACCAGCCUCACAAGGUUCCAGCAGCAAGCCGGGCUGGCCCCCCUCGUUCCCGUGGCCUCAUCGCCAUCGGCAUCACCUAACCCAUUCCCCCCCUCACGCACCCCUGCAACACCGGCAUCCCCGCGGCCGCAACUGUCACAACAGUCAUCUACUGAACUAUUUGUGCUGAAAGGUCCUCCACCUCAGCCGCCGCGCUCUCGGGGCAAAGCCCGGUGCUCCACCCUGCCCUCGCGACAAAGACCAACAUGUCCCGAGGAGCCCUCAACAAAGCCUAGCCAUUCUACCAGCUUUACAAAGCUCGGAGACCGCAUCCCACCUUCACCCAGUGACCUGAAGCGCAACAACACCCCCGUAUGAGGAGAACUGCAGGGCAGCAGGAGGAGACGGAGGGAGCCAGAGGGAGGGGAGGACUUGCAUGAUGGGCCUCUCCUGUUUGUGCCUUUGGCUACAUCCCCCCUGCUGUCGUCUCCAUCUGCAUAUUCCUGGGGGCUAAAUAGAGACAAUCAGGAUCAAAUGAACCUCUUUUUUUAAAACUCUUCCUAAUCCUUGUACACUUACCACUAUUUAUACGAAUAUUUAUACCACUCAGUGGUUUAGGUCUUGACAAACUGACUCUCAAAACUGUUUGCCACGACCAAUGAAGACCCCACUCGGACUGUUUUUCUUUUUGCAAGGGUUGUACUCUUUGUGUGUGUGUGCGUGUGUGUGUGUGUGUGUGUGUGUGCUUGUGUGCAUGCAUGUGUGUGUGUGUGUGUGUGUUGAUUUUGUCCCCAGUCACAGCUUAAUAGCCCCUGCUCUUCUUUUAUUUUCAGUAACUUUUUUCUUAUUGUGUCAAUGAUGCAGCAGUGCUGCCAUGUAGACCAGAGGAGGGUGAUAUAUCCGUCAUUGCUGAAACCAACAGUUACGCUUUUAGCUUUACUGUGUAUUUUCUAGAGGUUUUGAUAUAUAAAAUAUGUAAAAAUUGAAAUAAAAGAACCAUACAUUUUU